CCCAGCCCCGUUCCGCUCCCGGAUUGCCGCCUCCACCGCCGCUGCAACUCUGCUCUCACCUCACCCAUAAACUCGGUUUCGAUUUUUCUUCUCCCUUUGUCUUGUUGCUUUUGUCCAGAAGGAGACUUCUGGGGGGUUGCGGUUGUUGGUUCGUUUUCGUUUACAGCCAGCCCGCACGCACGCACACUCACUCGUAACUGGCAGGCACACGCACACCAGAACGCCGGUCGCUCGGUUCAGCCCGACGAUUAUUUAUAUUCGGGGUGCUUUGCUCUUCAGCUGCUUCGGCGUGCCUCCUUUUUCUUGGGGUCGGCUUGUCUACCACGGUCUGGACUGGGUUUUGCAUCCUCACUCAACCUCGCAUAGUUUGUUCUCAUUUACUCGCCCGCGCAUAAAUCCCUACCUUGCGCCUGCUCGCGCCUUUUAGGGCUCGCGUUUCUUCAAAUUUGUUCAUUUGAGCCUGAGUCAGCCAUCAUCACUUUGCAUCUCAACGCAGCAUUGCUACACCUUUCCCUCAAGAACAUCGCGCGAAAAAAAAAAAACAUAUUCAACAUGUGCGGUCCAGGCGCAAGUACUCAAAAGACCACUCAGGUUGUCACCGGAGCCAUCCCCAUAUUCUUGGCGGGGGCUGUGGUGUUCUCAUCCUACGUCGUUAUCGACAAGGUCUGCUAUGGUCACUUUUACUCCCAAGGGUGGACGAGGACAGCUCACGCAAUCACGGCCAUCCUCGCCAUAUCGCUCCUGUUCAUGACGCUCAGUUACAUGCGCCUCUUCCACAUGAUUGUGCGGAACCCGGGCCUCGUGCCCUCGCCGAAGCAUGAUGCCAAAUCCCAAGACCCAGAGGCACCGCACGACAUGACAUCUCCUUCGGAAUCCCGGCCCGGCGGCAGGAUCAUCAACGGACCCGGCGACCCAGAGGUGCAGCUGAACGAGAUUCCAUCCCUGCGGCCAGACCGCCCGGAGCUUGAAGUCUUCUACGGUCUCGAGGCCUUUGUAUGCGACGCCUACGGAAAGCCGCGCUACUGCACCAACUGUGCCACCUGGAAGCCUGACCGCGCCCACCACAGCGGCGAGAUUGGCCGCUGCGUCCGCAAGAUGGACCAUUACUGUCCCUGGGUUGGCGGUAUGGUAGCCGAGACCUCGUUCAAGUUCUUUGUCCAAUUCGUCUUUUAUGCCACCGUCUUCUGCACCAUCUGCCUGGUCCCAGCCGCCAUUGUCCUCAACGCCCAGAUGCGUUCAGGAUUGGGCGUGGACCCCAUGGUCUGUGUCGUCGUCGGCCUCGGUGCCUUCUUUGGUCUUUUCUCAUCUACGAUGACCUUCAACUGCCUGCGUUUCCUCGCGCUCAAUACCACCAACAUCGACGCCAUCGACUACGAUUCCAAGUGCUACCGCCUGGCCAUUCGCGUCCCGGACGAAGACGCCACCCACCGCGGCGCCGUCUUUUGCCCCGUUGUCUCCUUCCCGCUCCACAGGGAUGCUUUCCGCCCGCGCUGGGCCGAGCGGGACAUUGGCCCAGACGACGAGACUGACGAGCAGCGCGACGAGCGUUGGGCGAGACUGGACCGCCAAGCUGGGGAGCAGAGCGCUCGCACCCGCGCCCACAUUGCGCCGGCAGCCCGUCGGCGGUACUACGCCGUGGUCACGACCAAGCCCGGGGAGAACCCGUGGCACAUGGGCAGUGUAUAUCUGAACAUCUGCUCGGUCAUGGGCAACCGCGUUUUCGACUGGUUCCUGCCCAUGCGCCAGAGCCCGUGCAUUAAUGAGCAAAGCGACCAGGGCUUCUACCGUUUCGGGCCGCUGCUUGAGACGUUGAGGUCGAGGCACGGCCUUCGCCGUCCCGAUGAGGCUGUGGAGGAAUGUGAGAAGACUUCGUUGAUUUGAAGAAUCAUUUCAUUCUCGUGGUCGACCACACGACAGUAUCUGUUUCUAUAAUUUGUUUUUUCCUCCUCUCUGUCUCUAUCCCCCUCUGAUCGGCGUUAACACUGGGUUUCGGUCUACAUCAGUUUCUUGUUGAUUACAUGAUACACAAUUUGUCCUUCCGUUUGGCCAAUAGCCUGCAUUUUAUGAUAGUUAUGCUUAAGCCCCCAAUGCUUGAAUACUCAAGAUUUCCCGG